GAAGUAAAGCGGCUGCGGACAGACACGAGUCAUGAUGAUUUGUGCCGUAGCUCCAGAUUCUCCCUCUACGCCGCUAAAUGCUUAAACGGCUCUUUGACUUUCAUUUUAAAGGAUAACAUAUUGGCAUAACGUUAUAGAGUCGUAAUUUUUUUUUGGAAGUGGAUAUUUGAUUUGUAUUCUCUACCUGGACUGUUUAGUUUACAAGGGGCGGUGUCUGUCGCUUCUAUCUUCACAGCAGCCCCACCAUGCGUCUGUUCGUCGGCUCCAGCUCCAUCGGCGGCCCGCUGGAGCUCGUCGUCCCCAGAGGAGAGACCGUAGACGGGCUGAGGACUCGCAUCUCUCGUCAACUCAACAUGCACACGGACAGAAUCGUCCUCCUGCACAAAGACAAGCAGUUGGCUGCAGGGAAACUACUGGAGCAGGGAGUAGCAGAUGGCAGCAGACUGACCUUACAGGUGCCUGCGGCAGUCGAAGCUGGUUUAUCUCGUUCUAGUGCCAGAGUCGAGAGGAUUGUGGACGUUUUGGAGAGGCUAGCAGACUGUGAGAUCAGUGACUUCCUGUCCGGUCGUUCGCCUUUAGCCAUUAAACUGGGUAUGGGGGCCCACACAAUGCACGUGCAGCUCCAGCUGUCCCCUCAGGAUGUGGCGAAACUGCAGCUGGACAAAGCCUCAGAAGCUAUUAGCAGCCCACCCACAAAGGUCAACAUGGGCCAGUCUGCUUCAAGCUGUUCCCCCACUCGCACAUUCACGACUUCAGCAGCUUCUUCUCCCCCAACCGCAAACUCUGCCAGCUCUAUGCAAUUUGAGCCCCAAGCUGUUCCUUGUAUGGACUGCCACCGCCAAGCAACUUCUCAUCAGUCACGUCCACACGCAACUCUUUUAACGCCUUCCUUCCAUUCCACUUGCCCACUACCAGCGACUACACCGGUCUGUUACAAUGACUCCAUUGCUGCAUCUCAGAGUCCAUUACCAGCCUCCACCUUCAAAGAGUCUUUGCACUCCUCCGCUGUUGAACGGAUCAAGCAACCAGGCGCAGUGAUAGAAAGUUUCGUGAAACAUUCUCAAGGAGUAUUCUCUGGAGCUUUCUCUGGCACUUUGGCUCCGUGCAGUCAGAGCGGCGUCAGCCAUCGAGCCCGCAGCAUCGUCAUUAUUCUGCAGAUCCUCGAUGACCUCCUUAGAGCUGCCUCAAACCACCAAGGGGCUCCGUCUUCCCUUUGUCCGGCUUUGGACCGUCCAGCACAGGAGCACAAGCACAAACAGAAUACCAACCCCGGCAGUGAGGCUCCAGCUGAAGAGGCUCAGCAAUUCCUCACAAAUGCCGAAGAGAAUCAGACGUUGCACUGCAAGCUAAAGCACUUGCAGUCUCUAAUGGUCAGGCGACGUCAUCACAGGCGAACUCGCAAAGGUUCCCAAUUUUCACGACCAGCUCACCCUUAUCAGCGUCACCAUCGACCCUGAUCUCCAUAGCGGUGGGCCAGAAGAGUGGACUUUUAAGUUCUUAUGGGCGUCAUCACUUGUGCAGAUGCUACUGUUUAUUGAAUUAUGAAAAGAAAUGACUGACCAAACAAGGUUUGGGUAAUUUAAUUCCAACAUAUCUACUUUGCCUAUCAUUUGUAAAGAUAACUGAAAAGAACAGAUUGCAUUCUGCUUUUUCGAAUACAAUUAAGCUAAAAAAAAAAACGAGUGAGAUUCUUGCUUGUUUGAAUUUUUUUCUCCUGCUUAUCAGGAAGUGAUUAUGAAAUAUAUGCAGAGAGACCAGUAGAGGGCAAUGUUUGCAUUCGCAGCGUUUGACCCAAAUGAGUAGUCCCAUAUGCAUGUUGCUUAUAAGAGACUGUUAUUAUCAAUAUUUUGCAGGUUGCUUCAACAGGUCAAGGUCAUCCAACAAACCCAACUAACUGUGAACUGAAAUAACAAGAAUUUAGAUUUGCAGAGCAGGGAAUCACGUUUGAUUAUAUUUUCAGAAAAAAAACUGUUUCAUCUCUAUGCAAAGUAUAUUUAAUAGCAACGAUAGCACAUAGUCCAGACGUGUUCUCUCAUCAUCCGUGUUCUUGUCGGGAAAUGAAAUCUGAAUGGAUGGAUUCUUGUAGCCAAUUUCAUUAAA